UAAAAAACAAUUUUAACCUAUGAUGGAAAACAUGGAUCGAGUAUUUAAUUAAAUACAGAUUUUAUACUAAGCUAAAAAAUACAAAACAUAAAAUCUGAUCUUACUUCAGAUAAAACUCUGGAUUCAUCGUCCAUGGCAGCGAAAUACAAAAGAGUGACAACAACAAAUCAAGAGAAGAAAGGGUUUUCAUCUCAGACGAAGAGAUUCUCAUCACAACUCCAUCCGAAUGAAAACCCAGGACCGGGCAGCUACGGCUGUGUUUCCACUGCUGAAGUCAAAAGUCCGUCCUUCUCGAAGAAAGGCACCACAGGCUUCGUGGCGUCCAAGGGAAGCGGGGGUUACAGUAACCCACAGAGAAACAUCCCAGGACCAAAUGUCUACAACACACAGAGUUCCUUCAUAAACAAGUAUGAUUUUAGCUCGGGCGUCUCCAGGGCGUUCAGGCCGCCGCUGGCUGUGCAGCCAAACGGUCCCAAGCAGAGAACUCCAGCUCCAAAUCAAUAUGACGUCAGCUGUGGGAGUAGAGAGAGAUUCUCCUCAGUGGUCGGUACUUCAGCUUUCCUCUCAAAAACGGGACGUGACUCUUUCUAUCCAGAUAAAAACCUUCCUUCGCCAUGCCACUAUGAGGUGAACAACUACAGGAUCCAGCACACCUCCAAAGUGGUCUUGUCCCCCUUCAGAUCUAAAACCCAGAGAAUCCCUGCUCUCGUGGACAAACAUGUUCCCGGCCCUGGAGCCUACAGUCCCCAUAGGGCCCCCACACCAGUGAAGAAGACCCUCCUACCGAGGGGUUGUUAUUUGGGGAGAUCAGAGCCUGCCCUGACUGUUGCUAAGGAUCCGCCCCUGCCAGGCCCCGGGCAGUAUGAUAUACAGAAUCCUGACGCCAUGUCCAAGCAUCCAAUGCUCACGGCGGCGUUUGCAUCCAGAACUGAAAGAUUACCCCAAUACCUGUGCACCGAAGUGAAGCCGGGUCCAGGUUUCUACAAUCCACAGAUUCUGUCGAAGCACUCCUUCUUCUACAAUGAUUCCAGAGUCUGGCUCCCGGUUUGAAGCUUUCAAGGAGAAAAACAUCAAAUCUUCACACUCACAGUAACUGACUGUCCUCAUCUUAAGUGUUUGAAUGUUUAAAUGUACUCGAGUAGAAUGUAUUUGACAUUUUUACAUCGGUAUUUACUGGAAAAAGACAGAUGGAAAUUAAACAUUUCAAUCAUUGAGCCUCUGUUCCGUCUAAAUCUGAGUAGUGGGAUGUGAGACUGAGAUAGAAGGGGUCAUAUUCAGUAUUUAUCUUAAGUGGUGACGUAAGAGCAAAAACCAUAUGUUUUAACC